AUGCACAACAUCACGCUCGCCUCGCGUGAAUACGAGUUCAACGACACUUCUAUCACGCCUUUGGAGAUCGACGAAGACCCCUCUGGACUAUUGCGAGGAGGCGUUGGAUCAACAAUCUGGGAUGCAGCGAUUGUGCUUGCCAAAUAUUUUGAGCGCCUGGACCUUACUUCUUUCACUUCCACAACAACGCCGGCAGAGUCUCGCAUUAUCAAUGUCCUCGAGCUUGGAUCAGGAACGGGGAUCGUCGGUCUGGCAGUCGCAAGGAUGCUAAGCGCAAAGGGACUAAAGGCCAAGGUCGUGCUAACAGACAAAGACAAUGUUGUGCCUUUGCUACAGCGGAACGUUGCGAAGAAUGCCUCCCCUGGAAUUCAUAUCGAUACCCAAGUCUUGGACUGGGAGGCCAUCAGUGGGAUCAAUGCGGACGCCACCAAUACACCGGCAGCAGAUGGAUCAUCAGCAUCGCAGGCAACAGGAGCGACUGAAGUGUCGUCGUCAACCGAAAGAAUGACAUCUGUAAGAACGCACACUGACCUAGCAGAUAUUAAUUGGGAUUUGGUCAUUCUCAGUGAUUGCAUCUGGGUUCCUAAAUUGUACGGACCGCUCAUCAGCACCAUCAACACUAUCAUCCAGCCCGGAAGCAGUACAAAGCUGGUUGUUGCGUUCGAAAAGCGUAAUUUCUCUGAGGAGAUGGAAUUCUUUGCCUUGCUCGGCAAGUCCUUUCGUUUCCGGGACAUCAAGCCAGAGGAGCAGGAUACCAACUAUCAGAGCGAAGAUAUCUAUCUCUUCGUAUGCCAACGUCGGACAGAAUAA